CGACAGUCCUCAGCACGCCGACAAAACUACUGACUGUGGAUCGGCAGGGAAUAGGGGAUGAGCUUUAUAACGAGGGAUCAUACUUUCUCUCCGCCUAAUCGGAUGCCAUGGGAACUGCACGCAAUCCACCUUUGAGCGUUCCCAGCAAGCCAACUUUUGCUUGCGUUCGCUGCGCUGGGCGGAAAGUAAAAUGUGACAGGCAUAUACCAUGCACCGCGUGUGUCAAACAUGGAGCUGAGUGCGUGUUUCAACCUCCGCCGCCUCCUCGGAGAAGACGUCGACCCGGGGCAGCUGGACCUUUGAUAGAAAGGCGCGAAUACCCGCAAACACGCCUUCAAGCGCAAGGCCACAACCCGAAAGGAUCACCUAAUCCUCCUGAUACUAAUACUGAUUCACGGAGUCACCUGUCGAGUCGGGAAGCUCGCGGCUCACAAUUGAGCUCAUCAGAGCCGAGCGGGAGUGUCAGCAAAACUCAAGUUAUCCAAGGACGAGGGCAGUCAAUGCUGAUUGAUAAUAGCCUGUGGUCAAGAGUUGUGGAAGAGUUUCACGACCCCGAGGAUGCUCUGCG